AGUGUGUCUGGGCUGGGAAGGCGGUGGCGGCGGGGAGGCAGCGGCGGGAGCUGGAGCCGAGCGGGGGGACUUUCUUUCCCCGUCUGCGAGUAGGCGUCGCAUGGAGCAGCGCCUGCCUCUGCCAGCUCGGAGGGGCGUCGAGAGGGAGAGGCUUUGGGCUCCCGGGUUGAAGAAGAGCAGCAGCAGGAAGAGGAGGAGGGGCAGCGGAGGGGCCAGGGGCGCCUCCAAAGCCCAGUCCCGGGAGACAGGAAACGGGAGCCAAGAGCGGCGCGGCUCACUCGCAGCCUCCGGACGCCAAACUUCCUUGAAGGCCCGGUUCCCCUCCUCGGCUGCCGCCAUCCCCCGCCACCCCACCACCCCCUCCCUCCCUCGGUCCCAAUUCUAAGGAAGCCUGUGGUUCUUCUUGUCCAAUAAAGGCAAAACCAUCCAUAACUGGGCAGGAUUAAAACGACCUGCUGAGAUUUCUUCGCCGGGGAAGAACUUUCUAUCCCACCCAAAGACAGGACUUAGGAUGGAAUAAAAGGGCGGAGGGGAGAAGGGGGCACAGAGACAGAGAGGCCAAUUUGCCCUUCAGCGAUUUCCUCCAUCCUGCACAGAGAGAGGGAGAGGGAGAGGGAAAGGGGGGCAGAGCGAGCGAGGCCGCUGGAGGGAGAAGCCAGCGCGGGGUCUUCCAGGACAGACACAGGAAGGCGGCCCGGGGUUGGCUGCUGCUGGGGCGGAGGGUGGGCUUUGCUCUCCUCUCCUCUCCUCGCCCCCCCCCCCUCGCCCGCCCGCCCGCCUCCUUCUUCCCCAACCUGCACCAUCCAGGCUGAAGCGGAUGCCCGAGGAGGACGGAGCCGACUCCAUGAUAUUUUCCCGUCCCCGCUCCUCCUUUCUUCUGCCUCCGAGAAGCCAAGGGAGAAGGAGGAGGGCUCGCUCUUGGGGGAGAGGCGCCGAGGGAGGUCGCGGCGGGGAAGGGACAAACAGCACGGACCGGGCGGAGGGAAGGCGAGGAGUUGGGCGGAAGAGGCUGCCGGGGAGCCCCUCUCGCACCCACCGCCCAGCCCCGCGUCGGGCCAGAGAAGAAGGGGCCGAAGGAGGGGAGGGAGCAGAAGAAGGAGAAGGGGGCGCCCCCUCCCGGCUCUGCUCGCGGCGGGACCCCCUCCGCCUCCCCCUCCUCGUCCUGGGACCUCGGGGGCGGAGCAGCCCUCCUCCCCGCUCCUCCCGGGCGGAACAGGUGCCCCCCGAAGGGGAGGGUGGAGAGGCCGGCCCCCGGCUGUAGCCCUCCUCUCUCUCUCUCUCUCUCUCUGUCCCUCUCUCGCCGCCUCCGCCUCCUGUCUCUCUGCGGGGGAGCUUAUGAUGGAGGCCGGCGACCGGGACAUGUACCGCCAGUUCCAGGACUGGUGCCUCCGGACUUACGGGGACUCGGGCAAAACCAAGACGGUGACGCGCAAGAAAUACGAGCGCAUCGUCCAGCUCCUCAACGGCGCCGAGGGCAGCUCCACGGACAACGCCAAAUUUAAAUUCUGGGUCAAAUCUAAAGGCUUCCAGCUGAGCAGUCCGGACGAGGUCGGCGCUGGGGCUGGAGGAGGAGGAGGCGGCGUGGGAGGGAAGCAGGUGCUCUACGUGCCGGUCAAGACCACGGAUGGAGUUGGUGUAGAUGAGAAGCUGUCUUUAAGACGGGUAGCUGUUGUUGAAGAUUUCUUUGACAUAAUCUACUCCAUGCAUGUGGAAACAGGGCCCAAUGGAGAACAAAUUAGGAAACACGCUGGACAAAAAAGAACUUAUAAAGCAAUUUCAGAGACCUAUGCCUUUCUACCAAGAGAAGCGGUGACACGAUUUCUAAUGAGCUGUUCAGAAUGCCAGAAAAGAAUGCAUUUAAACCCAGAUGGAGCUGAUCAUAAAGAUAAUGGAAAACCUCCAACUUUGGUGACCAGCAUGAUUGAUUACAAUAUGCCAAUCACAAUGGCCUACAUGAAGCACAUGAAACUGCAGCUAUUGCAUUCCCAACAGGAUGAGGAUGAAAGUUCCAUAGAAAGUGAUGAAUUUGAUCUGAGUGAUUCCACCAGGAUGUCUGCUGUAAACUCUGACCUCAGUUCAAAUCUGGAAGAAAGAAUUCAAAGUCCACAGAAUCUUCAAGGCCAGCAAGAUGAUGAUUCAGCUGCUGAAAGUGUUAACGGAAAUGAGAUUGCGGGACACAGUUCCAGUGCUUCAGGGGGAACACACUGCAGGGAAGUGGCAGAAGCCAACAGUAAUGGAAAAACAACUCUGGAACCGGACGACCAGCCUCUGAACUUGAGUGACAUCCCCUUCUCUACGCAGCUGACUUCAGAAUACAGGUUAGAUGACCAAAGCAGUGAUGGAAAGAACACGUACAAGGACAUCCUAGUAUCUGAUCUUAAGAUGGAGCAAGAGGCAAAAGAAAAUGGAAGCAAGUCACCUGCUCACAGCUAUUCAAGCUAUGAGUCUGGGAAGAAUGAAAGCAUGGACAGAGGUGUUGAAGAUCUCUCUCUAAACCGUGGAGAGGAAGAUGAAGAUGACCAUGAUGACCAUGAAGAUGCUGAGAAAGUUAAUGAAUCUGAUGGAGUGGAAGCUGAGCGUCUGAAAGCUUUUAACAUGUUUGUCAGGCUGUUUGUAGAUGAAAACUUGGACCGAAUGGUCCCAAUCUCUAAGCAGCCCAAAGAAAAGAUCCAGGCUAUCAUUGACUCAUGCAGGCGACAAUUCCCUGAGUACCAAGAGCGUGCCAGAAAGCGUAUACGUACUUACCUCAAGUCCUGCAGGCGGAUGAAAAGGAGUGGUUUUGAGAUGUCUCGACCCAUUCCAUCACACCUUACUUCAGCAGUAGCAGAAAGUAUCCUAGCUUCAGCCUGCGAAAGUGAAAGCAGAAAUGCUGCAAAGCGGAUGCGAAUGGAUCGGCAGCAGGAUGAAACUGCUCCAGCUGAAAAAUCAUUGAAACAAGAACCCACCCAGGUCACUUACUCAACAUCAGCUGUUUCCAGCACACAGGAGGUGUUGUACAUAAAUGGAAAUGGGACCUACAGUUACCAUAGUUACAGAGGGCUAGGAGGAGGUUUGAUAAAUCUCAGUGAUGCUUCUACCAGUGGUCCAACUGAUCUCAGUAUGAAGAGGCAGUUAGCAACCACUUCGGGAUCUUCUAGCAGUGCCAGCUCUAGACCUCAGUUGAAUCCAACCGAAAUUAAUGCAGUACGGCAACUGGUUGCAGGAUACCGAGAAUCAGCUGCUUUUUUAUUGCGUUCAGCAGAUGAACUAGAAAACCUUAUUUUGCAGCAGAACUGAGACAUGUGAUGAACCUGCUGACCUAGUUAUAUCACACAAUUUCCACUAAUGACAUUUUGAUUUCCCAGAGCAAAUCUUUUCAUUACUGCACAGUCUUGUUGACGAGUUAAUAACCAUAAUGCCACUGUUCUUGCUGUUCUUGGUGUGUUAGGGUUCUUGAAACUCCAAAAUGUCUGAGAUACUAUAUCCAGCCUAUUGCUUAAUGUGCAUUUGUUCUAGUGUGUCAGCAUCAAUAGCAAAAAAGUGGAUACAAAUGUUAACUCGCUCGAACAUGGACAGAAACAGAAGAUACCUGGGGGUUUAAAAUCAGUCCAAAAUCCAAGUGCAAUAUUAGUGGAAUGUGCUAUUGACUCAGUGAACUCUAAGCUGCAUUAAAUGGCAAGGUCUUGCCAAAUGCCCUGUUGUUAACAGGAUGCAAUUGCAAUGAAAAGGAUCUUGUAUUUUAAAGAAAAUGUAAUUUUUAUAGAAAAAAAAACAAGACAAAAAUGUUGGUUCUCAUUCUAAAUUGAUCAUUUUUACUUUGAUAAUUUUUCACUGAUUUUUCAAAUAAUGUUUUGAGGAGUUAUUGUACAUCCUCUUUUUGAAAUCUCCCUCUCUCUUUCCAAUCCACAUUCAUUCUGCAAUUGGUACCUUUUUUUGAUGGUCAACCCCAUUCCCUGGUGGAGCACUCCACAAAUAUCUGUCAGGUGACUUCCAAAGGAAGUAGACAUUCUUUACACUCAUGCCAUUUUCAUUUUGGUUUCAUAAUGAGUUUCAGUUUUAUUAUCAAUUGAUAAACACAUAAGCACUAUUUUUAAAAGACAUAUCAUUAAUUUUUAAGUGGUUUCAUAUAAACUAGCUCACUGAACUCCAGGAUUGCUGCUGCUGUCUUGUACAAGUCCUUCUAGUAGUGAAUGGAUGUAGAUGAUUGAAUGUGAAGAGGUUGCAAGUGACAAUCGGAAAAUUUGCACUCUUGUGUGUAUUUAUUUCUUUUUAUUUUUUUAAAUGAAUAUGUAACUGAAAAGGGCCAUUGACACUUCUGGUGUGAUUUUUUUAAAAUGCUAAUACUGAACUGUUUAAAAAAAAAACAUGUAAAGAAUGCAGCUGCCACUUAAAACAAAAACCCCUUUUCCUGACUCCCUUACUUCCAUUUCUUAUUUUAUGAUGUGAAUUAUGCAUCAAAGGUGUUUUUGUUGUGCGCUAAGGAAACCUUAUUUUUGUGUAAUUAGAGAGAAAAGUAUUUUAGUUCUUGCUUAUUGUAAUAUCUGUUAUGUUGGUUAGCUUUUGUUAAAUAACAAGUUCCUUGUGCAUUCCUGAAUUUGCCUUAUUUUGUGUACAAUUUUUAUGUACUUUGGUUUUUGACAAUGAGUUUAAGGCAUUGGUGAUAUUUUCUAUCUACUUGUUACAUAUAGUUUUUCAAGUAAUGACUGUGAUUGUGACAAAGUAAUGUGCACUUUUUCUUGUAACUGUGGACAUUGCUAUGCUUUUUUCCCUUUAGUGUUUCUAGAAUUACUGUUGCUUACAGUUAUGUUUUUAAAAAAGACAACUUUUGUGAUACUGUUGGUGAAAAUCAAUGUUAAAAAGCCUAUUGAAAUGAGUGUUUUGGAGAAACCUAAAUACACAAAACCUUUUCUUUUACAUUGUGGACUCAUAUGUUCACAAAUUUAAAUGAAAUUUUUAAAAAAUGAGGGCUGGGAAAAAUCCUCUGUUUUCUUUGAGUGAAUAAACAUCUGUGUUUCAA